AUGGUCCUCGAAAAUGGCUCCAGCCCCGGCGGACCAAACUCGUUCGAUGACGUCCCACGAUCUGACGAUGACCCCUACGCCAGCAACCAGAGCCGCCCCCAGCCCAUAUCUUUCGAAAAUCUUCCUCAGCCAAUGCCCAUAUUCGGCCGUCUUUUUGGCUACAAUGAGAAAAGACUCUCCGCGUUAGUCAAUCUAAGGAUAAGUGCCGCCACAGCUACCAUCAAACGACCCCUCACCACAGAAGAAAUCGACUGCCUAACAUAUCAUUCCGCGAAACAGGCGGCGAUAAUGUCAUAUAGUUCGCCGAUUGGGUUUGCGGCAGGAGCCUGGAGGUCCUGGAACACAGCCUCCAAAUUCCGCUUUCCCUUCUUCCAACCGCCCCUCGACAAGUUCGACCCGCAGGUUUUCAUUAAUUCCAACCGGGCGUUUUUGAGGGGCAGUAGAGCUGUGAUCGUCUGGCAUGCUCUGAGGACUUUUUGGUACUGUGCUACAGGAGGGUUCAUUGCGAAUAUGUUGGUUGGGAGUUAUUCCCUGAGUGUGGCAGCUGUUGGGGAGCUUACGGACCCGCGGCUGAAGAACUUCGUAGAGGAUCUUAGAGAAGUGAAAAAGCAGCAGCUGGGCCGAUUGCCAAAUGCAAGAGGCGUUCCCGGCGCGGCGAAUACGCAUACGCAUACGGAGACGCAGGACUAUGGUGAUGCCAGUCCGACUGCCGGCAUGAAUACAGAGGGCGAUUCGGGGCUGGCCAAUGUGCGAGCUGGCAACCAUACUUCCGGGGGAGAACAACCACAAUGGAGAAGCGCACCUCCAGCGAAUUCAGCGCCCGCAAAGAAUUUCCCCACAGAGACUGAGAGCCAACCCUUCAAUAUAUGGGAUGACGCAUCACCAACCGGUGGGAGCGGCGUAUCAGCAGAUACUCGGCCCUCGCAACCCACUGGAUCGGCAUGGGACAGGAUAAGGCAAGGAGAAAGGCCAGCGGCACAACCUCCCAGAAGAUCUGGCCUCAGCGCUGGAUCACAAGGUGGAUGGCAAAGGACUGGGGAGAAUCCAGGUGAGAGACUCGCAUUUUCCUCAACCGAGGGAGAGAAGUCUCAUGAGAAGGAAGAUGCACAACGGAAAUUUGAUGCCCAGGUUGAUAGAGAGCGGAGGGGUGGGGACUUCAGUUCUGGAGCUGGCGAGCAGAAACGCUGGUAG